AUGUGGCCGGCCGGAGCGGGCACCAAACUGCCCUGUCCUCGGGACUCCGCGCUCAGGCGGGCAGCAUUCUCCGGCAAUCUCACCGCCCUGCCUUCUCACCUGGUACCCGCCGGCCGCAGCGUCCGGGUCUUCAUUAGCGCCAACCCUGAAGAUACAGGAGCAGAACGGCAGGCACUAAGAGAAACCGUGUAUCCCAAACUUCGAGAAUUCUGCAGAGAAAACUAUGGGUUGGAGUUUCAGGUCAUAGAUCUGUACUGGGGAGUUGAUGGAGACGAAUGGGACAGCCCUGAGCUGCAGAAGAUGCGCAUGAAGCUGCUGGAGGAGUGCUUGAGGACCUCUGCAGGCCCGUGCUUUGUUGGACUUUUGGGUGAAAAAUAUGGGAACAUUCGGAUCCCUGGUGAAGUUGAAGCUUCGGAGUUUGAAAUGAUUUUGGAUGCUGCUGUAGAGGCAAAAUUAGAGACCAAGUUACUGGAAGAUUGGUACUGCCGGGAUGAGAACGCGGUACCAGCAGCCUAUUACCUCAGACCCAGGCUAGAGGUGCCGAGAAGCAACAAGAGCUCGACACAGCCUUCUGCCAGCACUGAAAUUGAGAGGCCGUGGCAAGAAAUAUCAGAUGAAAUCAAGACAAUAUUUAAAGCUGCUGUCAAACUGCUUCAUGAACAGGGUAAAAUGAAACAGAGCCAGGCUAAGAGGUACCUGUUUUCAGCUAUCGAGGAUGAGUUUGACUUUGCUCUGGGCAAGCAAACCCCAGCAUUCCUAAAGAAGUGUGUGUGCUACAUCCGGAAGAUUGCUAACAUCGAGCGCUUUGUGAAAAUCCCAGAGAUGGGAAAAUACAUGGACAUAACCGGAACAGACCCAAGAGUCACCCGGGACCCAGAAGCUCAGGAGAAGCUGAUAAGACUCAGGGAUGAAUUCAUUCCGACCAUCGUCGCGUCCUCCAACUUGAGAGUGUACACAUCUGUCACUCACUGCGACAUGAAACUGGGCUACUCCCAAGAGAUAGAAAACCAUUACAUAGAAGGACUUGGUAAGCAAUUUUAUGAGGACAUGAUUGACAUAAUUCAGGCAACAGUGCAGCAGAACUUUGACACCGAGACGGACACACUGUAUGACGAGAUCCUGCAGCACUCCUCACUAUGUAAAACGUACGCCUCCUUCUAUGAAUACAAAUGCGAAUCGCUAAGCAUCCUACAUCAAUACAUCCUUCCAAGCAAAACCGGGCACAUCAACCCUCUCGUUGUGUAUGGUGGACCAUGCACUGGGAAGACACUGCUGCUAGCUGAAGUUGCAAAAAAGGCUUAUGGCUGGCUCCACGAAGACACAGGUCCAGACUCUGACCCGGUUGUCAUUGUGAGAUUCCUAGGGACCACAGACAUGAGUAUUGAUCUGAGGACACUCCUUCUAAGUGUUUGUGAACAGCUGGCAGUCAACUACCGGUGUCUGGUUCAGAGCUUUCCUAAGAAGAUCCACGACCUUCGUGACUUAUUCAUAAACCUGUUGAAUGAGUCUUCACUGCAGAGACCUCUGGUGAUAAUAUUCGACGCCCUAGAGCAGCUCUCAGAGAGUGACGAUGCUAGGAAGCUCUGGUGGCUACCUGCUCACCUUCCCCGCUUCGUACGGAUUGUCCUCUCCACACUGCCCAACAAGCAUGGGAUCCUGCAGAAACUAAGGUGCCUUAUCCACGAAGAAAACAACUACAUCGAGCUGAUUCCUCGGGACAGGAAGAUGUGCAGUCAGGUCCUCAAACACCAGCUGCUGAGGGUCAAAAGGAAGGUCACAUCGGGCCAGCAGAUUUACGUAAACAAUGCCUUCUCCAAGUGUACGCUGCCUAUGUUCGUGAACCUAACUUUCAGGGAGGUGAGACACUGGAGAUCUCACAAGGAUGUGGAUGAAUCCUCCCUCUGCGUGACUGUCCAUGAAAGCAUAGAGCACUUAUUCUUGUCCCUGGAGAAGAAGUGUGGUCAGAAACUGGUCUCCAGAGCUCUGGGUUACAUCACCAUGGCCAAAAUGGGUUUGAGUGAGAUGGAACUGGAGGACGUGUUAGCCCUAGACAACAGCGUUAUGAGCGAACUCAAUGAAAACACCAGACCCAGCAAUCCCCUACGAGUACCUUACCUGUACAUCGCACGGCUCAAGGAGGGCCUCAACGGAUACUUAAUAGAAAGGCACGUGAAGAACGUCACGCUCUUAGUCUGGGCCAACAGACACCUGCAGCUCAUAGCUCAGAAGCUGUAUCUGCAGGAGGACAGCAACCUCCGUGAAAUGCACACAAUCCUGGCCGACUAUUUUCUAGGGGUGUGGUCAGGAGGCCGGAGGAAAGCUUUCUGCCUGGAAGACCCCUAUCUGAACGGUUGCCUCGACUUAGAGAACAGAAGUCUGCUUGAGGAAGAAAAGCACUUCAUGGAACAAGCGUCCUUUGACAGGCAAGCCCCUGACCAGCCCUGGGUUUUCCAGUGCAACCCACUAGAGCCUGACAUCUUUUUUGUCAAUCACCGGAAAAUGUCUGAGCUCUUGUACCAUCUGACAAGGUGUGGGAAAACGGAUGACCUGCUGUACGGAAUCAUCAUGAACUUCAGCUGGCUCUACACCAUGAUCAAAAUUGGCCAGUUUGACAAAGUGCUUGCUGACAUAGAACUGGCUUACAACUACUCACAGGAGAAGGAGUUGAAGUUCCUGGCCAGCACCCUCCGAGGCAUCAGAAACAAGGUCAUUGUGUCCCCGGGCUCCCUUUCAGCAGAGCUUCAGCAAAGGCUCCUGCCUGUCGUGAGUUCCCUGCCCAAACUCCGACACCUUCUCCUAGAAUGUGACAAGGAUGGACCCAAAUACUGCUCCAUUGUUCCUCUUCAUUCGUCCAUGGAUGUGACAUACAGCCCUGAGCGUCUCCCCUUAGCAUCCAGCCACCUACAUGUCACAGAGAUCCUCCCCACCUGUAACCCUAGCACUGUUCUCACGGCCUUAGAAAACGGCUCCAUCAGCACGUGGGAUGUAGAAACUCGCCAGCUGCUCCGGCAAAUCACCACAGCCCAGUCUGUCAUCCUGGGCAUGAAGCUCACCAGCGAUGAGAAGUACCUUGUGGUUGCCACGACAAACAACACCUUGCUGGUUUAUGACAAUGUCAACUCCUGCCUGCUGUCUGAGGUGGAAAUCAAAGGGACCAAGCAUGGCAGUGGCUCCACCUACAUCAAUGGGUUUACACUCUCUGUCAACCAUGCCCUGGCGUGGCUGGAGGCCAGCAAAGAUGUCACCGUCAUUGAUCUGCUCUAUGGGUGGCCCCUUUACCAGUUCCACUGCUGGUAUGAAGUGACCUGUGUCCAGUGCUCCCUGGAUGGGGUGUAUGCCUUCUGUGGCCAGUACCUCAAUAAUACCACCAUUUUCCACUUAGGGAGUGGAGAAAAGUUAUGUACAGUGACGUCAGAAUUUUCCGGCGGCUUUGUAAAGUUCCUUCUCAUCUUGGAUACGGCUCAAGAAAUGGUCAUGGUAGAUAGUGAGGGAAGCCUCUCUGUGUGGAAUACAGAGGACAUAUCCAACCCCCAGCUGACCGAAGACUUUGACUGCCGAAAAGAAGACAGUGAAGUGGUGAGCAUUGAGCUUUCGGAGGACCAAAGCGCAAUUCUGCUCUGUAAAGCUCUCAGCAUUGAGCUCUUAGACACGGGCAUGUGGAAGGUAGCUGAGAAGUUCAGAGCCAGGCACAACGAGCGCUUUAUAUCUGCUGUGCUAUCCAAAAACGGAGACUGUAUCAUUGCAACCAUGGAGAACACCCCAGCCGUGUUCUUCUGGAGGCGGGACACAGGACAGUGCAUGGCAAGCCUGCAGGAAAUCUCAGGUACCAUAGUUAAGUUGGUAAAAUCUAGUCACCACAAUAUGCUACUGUCUUUAUCAACCAGCGGUGUUCUUUCCAUCUGGGACAUAGACAUAAUCACAGCAAUGUCCAACAUCGAUAAAACUGGCAAACCCAUCCAGAGCCUGGUGUUGCCUGCCAGAGGGGAAAUCAUUUACUCUCUCGAUGGCUCUGAUUGUGUUCAUAAAUGGAACUUCAGCAGUGGAUUCAUUGAAGCAGUAUUUAAGCAUGAAGGAAUAGUGGAACAUUGUGUGCUAACAUCCACCGGAGACAUAAUGGUGACAUCAGAUGACAAAAGCAGCCAGUACGUCUGGCACACCAACAGUGGGGAAAACCUCUUCCGAAUUAAUGGGCAAAGAAUCUCUCAGCUGCUGAUCACACACAACGACCAGUUUGUGGUCUCUCUGUGUGAGGAAAAUGCCUCCAGGGUUUGGAGAUUGGCCACAGGCCACAGGGUCUGCAACAUCUUGACCACUUUGCAAAACGCCUUUAUUACCUCCGCCAACACCUUCGUGGUGGGAAUGACAAAAAGCAAAGUGCUGGCAGUCAGUCUUUGGACUGGCAGUAUCACCAAGAAAUUCUGCUGCGAAGAUGGGAUCACCAUUGUGAAUUUUAAGUUGAUCCCCGACUGUCCUGAUAUCGUCGUAUUUAUCACCUCCGCUGAGACUGUAAACAUCUGGAGUCUGACUGAGGAAGUGAUCUGUCGACGUGUGCAGCUUCCAAGCAACUUCUUGAAAAACCUGGAGGAUUUUGAAAUUUCUCCCAAUGGGAAGCUGGGCAUUAUAUCCCGGGGAGAUGAAAAUAUCAAUGUACUGGACUUACACAAUGGGAAACUACGGGUAGUUCACGCCUCUGGAGUCAUCUGGAGGCAGAAGCUCUCCCGGGAUGGUCGCUACCUGGUAUAUAUUUGUUUCCGCAAUGGUGAGGAGGAGGAGGAAAAUGAUGCGACAUCUAGCUUAAUUGUAAUGAGACUAGCUGAUGGCAAAAACAUCGGUGCUUGUUCCCUCUACAAAACGCCAACUUUUCUUGCACUUUCUCAGAGACACCUGAACAUCAUCGUUGGCUUUGAUGAUGGGAGUAUAGGAAUCUACACAGUCGUGGACCGUGUAGACGCUGCACUGAAAAUCAAGAUUGCCACUUCGAAUAGCAGACAGAUUUUCAACAGUACAACACAGACAUCCAGGCCAAAGUCAAACAGUUACUCCUUUAAAGUGUCUGUGGACUGCUUGUGGCGAGAGUCCACUGAGGUCUUUGCAAGAGACAGUCCUAUCACAGUGAGUGACUCCUCUGAGUCCAAUGAGGCAACACCCUCCAAGAAACACAACUCCUGUUAUGAUCGGGUGUGUGCUGCCCUAGAAUCCCGGGGCCACAGCUACACACCAGAUAACUGAGAUGAUGUUUAUCCUGCUUAACUAAAAACACAUAAUCCACAUACAACUGAAAAAAAGGAAAGUGCAUCUUCUGCGUCAUAAAUGAUAAGCUGCCCGUUUCUUAAAAGCAGGAAAGAUGCCAGAAUUCUCAGUUUACUAAUACCUUCAUGAAAGGAACAAAACUAUGAGACUCAACUUGGGUGCCAUCUUUUUGUCCAAAUGUAUUAGAAAAGUGUAAAACAAA